AUGCUGUUGGCGAAGUUGGGGAGUCCUCUCCCUCCCGGAGACAAACAUGCCGUGAGCGUGUAUCUUCCAACUUGGCGAGACACAAUGAAUUGGGCCGAGCGAGAUCCAGAAUUAUUGUCUUUGAUGAAAACCGGUUACCCGAGAUUCUUCGUUCCUCUCAUCGUCCGCGAGCUGGCAGAGCGUCUGGUGCAGUGGGCGGCCUCUAAGACCGCAUCCGAGGCGCCUGACAAGGAGUCAACCAAGCUCCUAUCUACACCGGGGCAGCUGGCUCUACUUACAGCUGGCAAAGGACAUGCUGAAUCUUGUCGGAGAUACUUGGAAGCCCAAAGAAAGGGCGCCAUCACUGUCCUCCAUGUCAGAUUCUCCGGGGCCCUGGAGAUACUCGACAAUAAACAAUCGACGAGCUCCCCGCGUCUUCAUGAAGAUAUCUACGCGGUAGUUUACGCCGGAGAACUGGCUGUGGAAGCCAAGGCGUUUUGGCAGCACACAGGAUUCGGAAUUUCCAGUCGAUGCGCUGAGUUUUGGUUAGGGAAUGCCCCGUUCUUACACGCAAGUACGGCAAAUUCGAACGGACUGACCCCAAAACUCCCUCUAAGGGAAGCCGAGGAUGCAAGCGAUGUCCUCCGGAAGAGAAUCGGUGGAUUGAUAUCUACAGAGGUGAACAAAGUAGGCGCAGAUGCUGUCUAUCUGUAUCCAUCUGGCAUGUCUUCGAUCAGUCACUCUGCGACGGCCUUGAGCAAAAUGCGCGGGGGUGAGGCUAAGGCCUGUCGGGUCGCAAUCUUUGGAUUUCUGUACGUCGACACGUUCAAAGCGCUCAGCAAAGUGUACGGCUUCGAUUGCAAGCUCUAUGGCCACGCCACUCCUUCUGAUCUAGAUCAACUCGAGGCCGAUCUGGACGGCGGCCGGCAAAUUGAUGCACUCUACACAGAAUUCCCCGGAAACCCUCUCCUUGGCUCUGUUGAUCUUGAGCGGCUGUACAAGCUAUCCAAGAAGCACGACUUCGUGUUUAUUGUGGAUGACACUGUUGCGACCUCGGUCAACGUCAACCUUCUCUCAUUUUGCGACAUGGUGUGCACCAGCUUAACAAAGCUGUUCAGCGGGAGCUGUAACGUCAUGGGAGGAAGCGCGGUGCUCAACCCACAAUCGGAGAGAUUCGAGCGAUUACGGCACAUCUUUGCUGAGCAACACGUCGAUACAUAUUUCCCCGAGGAUGUGUUGGUUAUGGAGAAGAACAGCACCGACUUUGAGCAACGGGUCGUUGUCGCCAGCCGAAAUGCAGAGCGUGUAGCUCAAAUGCUCCGACGACACCCUGCUGUUUCGCAAGUAUUCUAUCCCAAGGGAAACCCAACUCAGGACAUUUACGACCGGUACAGAAGACCUGGCAAGGGAUACGGCUACUUGCUCUCAAUCAGAUUCGAGCAGCCCGAGGCGGCAAUUGCAUUCCACGAUGCCUUGAACGUCGCAAAGGGGCCGAGUCUGGGAACAAACUUCACCUUAUGUUGCGCCUACACCCUAUUUGCCCACUUCUCGGAGCUUGAGUGGGCAGCACAAUACGGGGUAGUUGAGCAUUUGGUUCGCAUCAGUGUGGGAAUUGAGGAUGAGGCGGAGCUGGACGAUCUCGUGCACCGGGCUCUUCAGGCAGCGGCAGAGAAACAUCAAUAG